AUGAACCAAGGACUCAACCCGCCUGCCUGGUCCGACUUUAUGAAGCGUGUCUAUUCAUUUCGAGUCGGAGGCCCUUUGGUUUUUCGCUAUCCUCCGUCUCUCUCAUCCCCUCCGUAUAUCAGCCCAGAUCUGGACACAGAUCCAAAUGGGAGCCUAGUUUCGCUAUCUAACUGUUCUCAGAAUGCGGAAUUUCUUUGGAUUCAAACUACAGCCUGGCGUUAUCGACGGCAGAUCCUCCACAGUCCGCUUGAGGAACUCAGCAAGGAAGAUGAAUUGCGACUCCGGAUGCUCGAGCGUGCCUUCAACUGGCUUGAAGAGACAAAGCGUCAAGAAUGGGAGAGACAAAGAUUACAUGCAGUUCCAGGAAAUCGACCCAGGGUCUCAAUGCAAGGCCUUAUGAGGCAUUCUUUGGUUGUUUAUAUCAUGUUUAUCCCGGUCUAUCUUCAAACUAAGCUGGGCCUCUCCCGAUCACAAGUCCAAUUUAUCUUCGAUUUACUAAAAAGGCUUGCUCUCGCUUUACUGGCUCUCACUUCGAUCCAGAAUCAAGUAGUCAGGAGGCAGUUGGAUCUCGCCCCGGAUGAUGUACAGUCGAUCUAUCACAUCCUGGAGCUUGACUCGGAGAAACAGAGAUAUCUCUGUUGCGCUGAAUGCUAUAGCCUAUAUACUUCGGACAAGCUUAUCCCACUUUCUCCUCCGAUAGAUGACUCCGAACGAUUGCCACUUCCGAACCCUCCACCUGCAAGACAAGGCAAACCAUAUGCUCCAAUGCCUACAGUACCAACUAAUGAAUGGUCUCAAUACCAGGAAAGAAGAGCAGUCCCAACGGACUCACGUUGCACCUUUCGCUCAACGCAAGAAGCGGACAUUUGUGGAGCAAUUCUUACUUCGAAUGGUCCUAGCCUAUCCCAUAGCAUCGAAGACACUUGUUCAAACCAGGAAUUACACACUUCCCCCCUCUCAAACCCGUCAUCGAUUCCAUUUACAUAUCGCAGCUUUGGAUCUUGGCUCUCGGAACUCUUAUUCCUCCCUAACAUGUGUGAAAACCUUACAUGUAGAUUGCCAACGCCCGAUGGAAUGAACAUAGAUGAAGAUACCAUCCAUGAUAUCAUGGAGUCGGCAAUGGUGCGGGGGCUCAAAGGUCAAGAUGGAAAACCUUUUGCGGUACGGCUUCCAACGGAGCUGCGACUAUGUCUUGGACUCUUUAUAGAUUGGUAUAAUGCUCGUCCUAGCUCCCUCAGGGGUGGGCAACAUAGUACCGGAGGCAUCUACAUAGUGAUUCUCAACCUCGAUCCUGUUUUACGCUACCAACAGCAGUAUAUGUACCACCUUUUCAUCCCUGGACCUCGAGAACCAUCAACUGAGCAUCUAAAUAACAUAAUCCGCCCUCUGAUCAGCGACUUGGAGUCAAUAUAUACACAUGGCCUAUGUAUUCCCAACAAUAGCUUUACCCUAUGCCGUGUUAUGCUGGCAAUUGUUAUCGCAGAUCAGCUGGCAGCUAGACGUAUAGCUGGCUUUGCAGCUGUUGGUCACCGGUGGUUUUGUCCAUACUGUCGACUGCCCUUGGACAAGCUCAAAGAUGACUUCAACUGUGGAACGUGGCCAGAGGGAGUAACCAAGGAAGACCACAAACAGAUCGUCAUUGCAUGGCGCGAUGCCCAAACACAGGCCGAUCGAGAUGCAAUCUUUGAGCGGUGGGGUUUUCGGUACACCGAGCUUAUCCGACUUCCCUAUUUCGACGUCUUCAAUCAAGUUAUUAUUGAACCGUUUCAUGCUAUUCUUGCAAACAUCGCCCAGCCACAUUGCCGAGAGAUGAUAGGAGGUAAGAUCAGAGGACUUCCGGAUUCAUCUACUUUGCUGGAUGACGAGCCUGCUUAUCAAGGCUCAGAGGCCUUGCUGGAUUCUAUCAGUGAUGUUGAGAGUGGCAUCGAUGAUAUCGGUCCAGAGUCAGAGCUAGAGCAUAUGGUCCAACGAGGUCUUGCCCUGUUGCGGAGAGAGGGAUUUGACGUCUCCAUACUCAAUCAAUUGCACAGUCUCAAACAUGGUGCACUCUUGCGGCUCUGCAAACGAUGCGAGAUUCCAACUUGGAAGAUGAAAUUCCAUGGAAAGCGGCCCAUAAAGUGGUCGAUGGUUGUUCUUCUUGGAGAAUGGAUUACGAUGCAACGGGAAGAAAGCCAGAUCCAAAGGGCCGAUCUCACCCAUGCCAACAAAAUCUUGUCAACAUAUACAAACCCUGAACAACUAAAGAUCAAAUUAGACCAGCUAACUGUCAAUGUCCUAUAUGGCAUCUGCGUCAGACUCAAGAUUGAUACCAGUAUGUUUAAACUGCAGUCAGGAACGGUCUUUCCUCAACGAGCCUCUAUGAUUUCUGCAAUUAUCAACCGGAAAAGUCCCCUUCAGGCCCCGGUACUUGAUGCUGGAGACAUUAUUCGAGACUGGCAGGCCCGGGAGGGCUCAAAUGACCUUCUGUCUCACAAUGAUGACAAUGCUGCCUACAAGGCAAGCGUUCCAUCCCUUAACCCAGUUCUGAAACUAGAAAUGCGGCGGGAUAUUGCCCGGUGUGUCUUCCCGGAGCAUCUCUCUCGUGACAAACCACCAUCGAACCUCGGAAGCAAACGACAUGGUAGCCUCAAGGCCGCUCAAUGGAGGAGCGUCUAUUGCUUUACGCUCUUGAUUACACUGGGUCGCCAUUGGGGUAAUGAGAAGGCUGAAGAAAAAUAUCAAAAUUUCUUCAAAUGCUUUGUCCACCUGGUCGCAGUGAUAAAAAUAGCCUACUCACGAUCAAUAUCAUCAGAAACAAUUGACCAAUUUCGACAAGAGAGUAUGGCAUACAUACAUGGAGUAAUGGGAAUAUUUCCUGAAUCAUUCUUGAAGCAAAGUCAUCAUUCCUUCCUUCACCUUGAGCGGUUCCUGCAUCUCUAUGGGCCUAUGCCGGGCUGGUGGGCGUUUGCCUUUGAACGUCGCAACGGUUUCAUUCAGAGAACGCACACAAAUAGCAAGCCUGGUGAAAUCGAGGUCACCUUUGAUAAUCGAAUGGACCGUCUAUCAAAUAUGGAUCGGUUUCUCACAGUAGAAACCGACCCAAUAUUCGAAACGCUCAAAGAACAGAAUAUCAUGUCCACUUCACAUUCGCAACCAACGCUGACUCGGGCACUGCGAAAGUCUUUGAGCUUCAGCAAGGCUUUACAGCUAAUACUUGAAAAGAAACAGUUUUCUACCCGCAAUUGGGAACUGUUUUCUGGUAUAGACUAUCACGGGGUGGAGCUCAAGAUUUCCCGCCGAUCCUCAGAAGUUUGCAAACGGCUCGUGCUAUACAGUGGCACAGACAUGAACAAUCAGACAAUAUUCUCAUGUCUGGGCUAUCUCACUGACAUCAUUCAGGAGAAAUCCUUAAAUGGCUCAGAGGUGCGAGUGAUUGUUUGCCUCACUUGGUACAAGCCGUCCGAAACCACUAGUCAGCCAUUUUAUGGCGCCGAAGAAGCACAAGCCCACAUAUUCUCUCUGGAACUUGGUGGGUGCUAUCUCUGCGAACUGUCAAAACUGUCCAUGAAGCCGGUCGUAUUUUAUCCCUGGAGUAUUACAGAUCAGCUUGUCAUAGUUGCAUAA